UUAAGUAUGAGGAAAAUGGUGUUCAAAAGAAUACUUAAUUGCCGAGUGAAUGUGAGUGUUGUUUACAGUCCUGCAAGUCACCGGGAGUUCAGCCACUACUCUCUCAGCCUCUCACUCCAGCUCUCCUACACAGUCUCACGCGCCGCAGACAUGGAUUUGCAGUGCCUUAUUGGUAUGAAAUUCAAUGACUUUGUGCUGAUGGCAACAGACAUGAGUCAGCUCCAAAGGAUCAUGGUGCAGAAAUCAGAUGAUGACAAGAUGUAUCAGUUGUCAAGCCACCUGGUGAUGGCAGUGGCAGGUGAAGCAGGUGACACCACCCAGUUUGCAGAAUACAUUGCCAAGAACAUCCAGCUGUACAAGAUGCGCAAUGGUUAUGAACUGUCUCCCUCUGCUGCUGUACACUUCACCCGCCACACAUUAGCAACACAUCUUCGCUCUCGGGAACCUUACACAGUGAACCUUCUUAUGGGAGGUUAUGAUCCAAAGACUGAUGCAGCAGAGUUGUUCUACAUGGACUUCCUGGGUGCCUCAGUACCUGUCAAUUUCUAUGGGUUUGGAUAUGGUGGCAUGUUCACCUUGUCCAUCACUGACAGGGAGUAUAGACCAGACAUGACUGAGGAUGAAGCAUAUGAACUUAUGAAGAAGUGCAUAUCAGAGGUGAAGCGGAGAUUUAUUGUGAACCUGCCCAAGUUCCGGGUGAGACUCAUCUCCAAGGACGGACUGAAGGACCUACCUGUCAUUGUUGCUGAAGGGGAGGCAGCAUAGAGGUGCACACCUACACCAUUUUUCCUACCUGAUGUUAUCUUAGGGUUCUCCAGAAAAUAUCAUUUAAUCUUGAGGAAUGCAUAUGUCGUAGCCCUCAAAGUAACAAAAAGUUUCAAAUAAAUUAUUAAUGUUUGUUUUAAAAGGUUUUGAGAUAUCUUUAUUUCAUAACGGUCUUGAUAACAUCUCAAAAUAAAUUUUGUUAUGAUGCUUA